GCCUGCGUGAUGACGAACAUCAACCCAAGUGGGUUUAUGAAAGGCGAGCUCUCCCCGCGAGCGGCGUGUCUGUUCACCGUUUAAACCCACGUUUGUUGAAGAGAAGGAGCUCACCCUCGGAAGACACGGGGCUGAGGACGGUCUCAUCUCUUCGCCACAGUCCGUUCUCUGUGUGUGGGCUUCUCUUCCGGGCUUCAAGUGUAUGCUGUCUUUGCUCUCCGUCCGCGUAGCUUGAACAACGCAAACCACGGCCACCAGCCAACGGCUAGCUGAGAAAGACAGUCUUCUCCGUCCUCUUUCAUCAGGCAGAUGCUCCCAGCCGCCCAGCUUGGCAAGAGUGAUGGGAUGUGUCACCUAGCAGAUGAGGCUGUCCUGGACAAUGUAAUUGGACUGAAGGAUUCAUCUGCAGUGUUCACACCGGAGCGAGACAGAGGAGGGACAGAGAAAGAAGAAGAGGAGGAGGAGGAGGACAUUGAAGACACAAGGAUGGGCGUGGGGAAAAACACCACCUCCAAGUCGAUGGACGGCAGCAGUGAUGGAGGAAAAUAUGAAGAGGAGAGCAAACACGGCGCAGAUUUCUACCCUAUUCCGGUGGUGGUAAACGGAGUGGGCGGCGCCACUGGAGACCAGGAUACUGAGAAUACAGAGCUGAUGGCCAUCUACACAAAAGAUAAUCAAGGAGCAGAAAAGAGCUCGAUGUCUGAGACGUUGGACAGCACAGACAGCAUGGAUGCAAGGAGGAUGGAUAUGAUCUAUACCAUUGAGGACACCCCACCCUGGUACCUGUGUGUGUUCUUAGGCUUACAGCACUACUUGACGUGUUUCAGUGGGACAAUCGCGGUGCCGUUCCUACUCGCUGAGGCGAUGUGCGUCGGAUUCGAUCAGUGGGCCACCAGUCAGCUCAUAGGGACCAUCUUCUUCUGUGUCGGGAUCACCACCCUGCUACAGACCACACUGGGCUGCAGGUUGCCUUUGUUCCAGGCCAGUGCUUUUGCCUUCCUCGCACCAGCCAGAGCCAUCCUCUCACUGGACAAAUGGAAGUGUAAUAAUACAGUUCCAGUAUUGAACAGCACAGAGCUCCUCCACACAGAGCACAUCUGGCAUCCCAGGAUACGAGAGAUCCAGGGGGCUAUCAUCGUGUCCUCCCUGGUCGAAGUGUGUAUCGGAGCACUGGGUCUGCCCGGGAUCCUGCUGAAGUACAUCGGACCUCUGACCAUCACCCCCACCGUAGCCCUCAUCGGCCUGUCUGGUUUCCAGGCUGCAGGGGAGAGGGCUGGAAAACACUGGGGCAUUGCUAUGCUGACUAUCUUCUUGGUGCUGCUCUUCUCUCAGUAUGCCAGAAACGUUCACUUCCCUCUCCCGAUCUACAAAGCCAAGAAAGGCUGGACUUCCUAUAGGCUUCAAGUCUUCAAAAUGUUUCCUAUCAUCAUGGCCAUCCUGGUGUCAUGGCUGUUGUGCUUCAUUUUCACUGUAACUGACGUUUUCCCGCCGGAGAAGGACAAGUAUGGUUUCUAUGCCCGUACAGAUGCACGUCAAGGAAUCCUCACAGCUGCACCGUGGUUUAAGAUCCCAUAUCCCUUCCAGUGGGGCGUUCCUACUGUAACAGCUGCAGGUGUGAUCGGUAUGAUGAGUGCUGUGGUGGCCAGCAUCAUCGAGUCAAUUGGAGAUUACUACGCCUGCGCUCGUCUCUCUUGCGCUCCUCCACCUCCCAUCCACGCCAUCAACAGGGGAAUAUUUGUGGAGGGUAUUUCCUGUGUGCUGGAUGGUCUUUUCGGGACAGGAAAUGGCUCUACCUCUUCCAGUCCAAAUAUAGGUGUCCUGGGAAUCACAAAGGUGGGCAGCAGACGUGUGAUUCAGUAUGGAGCCGCCAUGAUGCUGCUGCUUGGGCUAGUGGGUAAAUUCAGCGCUCUGUUUGCCUCACUGCCGGACCCUGUCCUGGGAGCUCUGUUCUGCACCUUGUUUGGCAUGAUCACAGCAGUGGGACUGUCAAACCUGCAGUUUGUCGACCUCAACUCCUCCAGGAACCUCUUCGUCCUGGGCUUCUCCAUCUUCUUCGGUCUGAUGCUGCCCAGCUACCUCAAACAGAACCCGCUGGUCACAGGCAUAAUUGAGGUUGACCAAGUGCUGAAUGUGCUCCUCACCACUGCCAUGUUUGUCGGAGGCUCUGUCGCUUUCAUUUUGGACAAUACUAUUCCUGGUUCCCCUGAAGAACGAGGCAUCAGGAAGCUGAAACGUGGCUCUGGUCUCAGUGCCGCAGAACUGGAAGGGAUGAGAUCCUAUGACCUGCCGUUUGGAAUGGACUUCAUCCGCAGAUACCCCAUCUUCAAGUACCUCCCCAUCAGCCCUGCCUUCACAGGCUACCAAUGGGGGAGGCUACAGGAAGCCUGCAGGAGCAGAAUGGGACAUGGAGAAGCAGUGAAGGGAGGAGGAAUGGGAGGGGAGGGAGGCACAGCACCAGGGGAGAGUCGGGUAUAGCCAGCGGGCCUACAUGUGUCUGAAUUUGGGGAGCAAGGGAUGGUACACUAAGAUAAAAGAUGGGCGAGUGGAGGACAGAAGCGGUGCAGGAUUUGGUAUUGUGUGGAAGAAAAGAGAAUGUGAUGCACCAACCCCACCCCCGUCAGUAUGUGUUUUCUAUAGUUUGUCAGUCUUUUCCCACUUCCCACUAUGCUAUUUUAAGCAUGCUAUAGCAAGUCACAGCAUGCUAUAAAAGAUGUCACUACGCAGAGGAUAGUUGGUGUGUGUGUAUGUGUGUUCAGUGUGCAGCAAGAGAUUACAGCACUUUAAGCCAGAGGGAGACAGAUGGAUGUCAAACAAUCAAAGCUGAGUGUUAGAUGAUACACUGACUUGCAAUCACUACUAGUUUCUACUGCCCAUGUCAUUUUUUUAAAAACAUUUUCUACUGAAAGCACAGUAGAUUUGAUUAUGUCAGUUGAGGAUUAUGCAAAAUUUCUGUUUGGACUCAUUUGCCUCUAGACUCAUAAUGCAAAAUACAUUAGAGAUUCACACAUGCACACACACCAAUAGCAUCACCAAAGCUAGCUUGAGCACAAAAAUGCACGUCGGGGGUCAUGCAGACUGAUGGAAGUGGUUUGUCAGGUGCCCUUAGCCAUGCGAAGUGAUUGUGAAAUUUAUUUUUUGCACUAUCAGCCUCCUGAUUUCAAAUCAAGAAUGUCACUCCACAGCUCGCUCCCCUAUUUCUUGAUGAAAACUCCUCAACCAUUUAGUAGCACAUCACAUCCACUCGUUUCUUGCUUAAGAACCUGUAAUCUCUCGUUUUUAUAUAGUACAGAGCUGAUACUCGCAAGAUCUCCCACGUGAUUGGGCAAAAAUUCCAUAACCUACCAGUUUACAUCUCUUUACUGUGUCAGUAUUAUGCAUCAUUUACUAACGAGACCAAAAGUCUGGUUUACCUGAACGCACAUGCAACUCAUUUAACUGUCGAAUGGGACUAAACUUGUUUUACUUCAAUAAGGAACAAAUUUAAUUUUCAAGGUUUUUAUUUUUAUUUGAUGACCUUAAUUGGCUUAUUUCAUGUCUCCUCUAAUGCACUUAUGCACUUACAUAAUUGAAACAAGCUUUUAAUAAUGCCUGUACUGCGGUAAUGACAGCAGUGAAUUUGUAAAAGCUACGGUAAUGGCACACAGUAACACAAACAUGUGGCCUUGACAAAGAAACUUUGAAACGUUGUGUACAUAAAUACUCGAUAUAAAAAGGUAAAAUGACAGGACAAUUAAAUCCUCUAUGUAGAUCUCCUCUCAUAAUUUCAAGGAGUUAGUUUUGCUCCAUUUUUAGAAGCAAUGUGUGUUAACGCAGAGUUUACAAAAGCUGCACCAUAAAUUAUACACCCCUGCCACUAUCCAAACCCAUGUGGUAUUUCCAUCAUUGUGCUCAGUUAGCCCCAAGAAGGGUGGUGAUUUUUGUUUUUGUUUGGAUAUGGAGUAUUCAGAUGAAAAAGCAGCAGUUUGAAGAGUUGAAUUUUUUUUUUUUUUGUCUUUUUUGCAAUUAAACUUUGCUUUUUAAGUAGUCGAGCAUACAUUCAACACAUAAGAUUGAAACAGACUAAUAAAAUAAAAAGAGAGUAGAGGGAAAAAAAAUUGCAAAUUAAAAACAUCCACAUUAUUCCUGUGACACAGGCUGUAAGACAACACUAUUACACUUCAUGUUCAUCCGUCAAACAUACAAUUAUAUGAUGCAUAGAGAACGGGAAUGGGAUACUUGAAUAGACAUCAGUUGAAAUUUCUGUCUUUUCUUUGUUCUCUGGAUCGACUCACAGACUGUGCAUUGUUUGUUUUUUGGUUUUUUUUGCAACAGCCAAUAAUGACUGUUGCUGAUGUCAUUAACAAUUUUCUCUUAUUUAAUGGUGCUGAUGACUUACAUUCCUCCUCUCGUCCUUUGUCACGCGUAACCCUCCCCCUCUUAUCUCAUUUCAGUUAGGUAACUGCUGAUGUUUCUCACUGUUGCAGUCUGUUGUAGUUCAGGAUGUGGCAGCACAUGUUGGCUGAGUAACAACAUUUCAGAGCAUCAGCAGCCUGUACCUUAUUGACCCAGGUGUGAAGCGCGAGUCUCUAGUUUGACCACACUGUGUGCCUCUGCUGCUCUAAGAGAGAAAAAACAGCAGUUUAAAAAAACACCAUACAAGAGUUUGCAACAUAUAUAAUCUUGGUAAAUGUAGAAAUAAAAGUAGCACAAGCAGAAAAAUAACAUUUAAAAGACAACUGAUGAAUAUUUAGCCCAGCUGAGAUUCUGACUAAACCAAAAUACUAAAAACUCUUUAUUUUCUAUUUGUUCCUAUUGUUCUAUAACCAUAUACCAAAACUUUUCUUUAGCAUUGGCAGUUGCUGUUGGGGAAACUUUAAAAAAUUAGUUUGAAAUCUUGUCCCAAAUUUUUUCACAUUUUAUCUCCUUUUGUUAAAGCUAUUUAUUUAUUUAUGAGAAGAAAGUCAAUGUUUAAUGAUUGCUUGAAGCAGGUUUAUUUGUCUCUUGCACAAUGUUGAAAUUAUAUUUAUUAUUAGACUUGUUCAUGCCCUGUGAAGACUGGUUCCGCCCUCAGCCUCAGCUCCAGUCGGUGCAUUUAGAAACUUACCUAGGGACAGCAGCUUUUGAUAAAGUUAGUUUUCUAACGUAAGAAGUAAGCUGCUCCUACUUCAUUCCAUUUAUAUCAUGUUGUUUGAUAUACAGAGAAAAACCACUUUUAAAUUGUUGAACUGGAUAGUUAGUCAAAAUUCAGUGUCAGGGCCUUUUUACUAAAAGUAGUGUUUGCACAUGUAAUGGUGCCAAGAUGAUCAGGGUCAGAGUGAGUAAGUACUCACUGACCUGACACCCUAAAAUGUUGCUAGCGAUCUUAUCCAGAUUUAUUGUCAAGUACGAAGUUUUCUUUUUUUGAUGACCUGCAGACUGAACCACUUUGUGCUGAAUAUUUUUGGGCUUUGGUCUCUGAUAACAUGGCUAGCUAUAGCCCCAUUUUAUGACCUCAUCUCUCUGUACGUAACUCUUGAGAUUCGGUCACAUAGCAUUUCCAGUGCAACCGCUGAUGGGGGCAAAAUAAAAAAAUUUUUUUUUUUUUUUUUUUUUAACCUGUUACCCAGGGGUGGGUUUCAUCUUCAGAGGUUGAUCUUACUGAUGUCUGCUGUCUGUCUGGAAUGAUAAAAUGGACAAGACCAAGGUUAAAAUCCAAUAUUUCUACAGACAGUUGUACUCUGCUCUGUUCCUUCUUUGCUGGAUGUACUUUUAGCUAGACUACAGUACUGUAUUCAAAAUGACAGAAUAGGAAUUUCAUCUAGCUAUAUUGCCACUGUAAAUGUUUUUGUCAUUUACUUUGAAUUAAACAUAAAUGCCAUCCACACACGCACAAGGUAUUUAUAUGGGGGCACAAAUUUUGGUCUCUUUCGUGUUGUUGAUCCUGUAAUGUCACAGAAUCUGACUGGUCGCAGGUCUCAGUACAUCAAAAUCACAGCUAUUAAAAUUUGUGACCCUGUCUAAAUAUUACAGGGACACCAUUUUCAGUUACAUCUAUCAGAAUACAAUAUGCAAUAAAGUAAGAUUAAAAUGUUUGCAUUGCUAAUAUAGCGGAAAUUCCUUAUGUCACAGAAUCUGAUGGGAAUUUGGUAUAACGUUAUUUUAUCUUUGUUAUAUUUGUGAUAUGACUAAAUCACCAAGAAACAUAAAGAGUGAUGAAGUCUCAAAAUAGGUUAGGCAAGCUAGCGACCACUGACAUGUGCAGAAACUGUAAAUGUAAAACCUCACCAUCCUCAUCUAAAUGUUGGCUGUGCUCAGGACAGGCAGCUGGAUAGCUGUAGACAAGAAAAAUAGUGUUGUGAGGUAGUUGGUAAAAUUACCUGUGUGUUAUUGGCACACCAGCUGAUGUUUUUAGCUUCCUUGCCCAUGCUGUGUAACCUUGCUCCAGGAGCAGGGAUGAUCAGUUAGAGGUCAGAGAGCACACACCGCCUCCUGCAACUUCCUCGCUUAGAGAGGAAGUUGCAGGAGGGUAGUUGGACAGUUUUUUGUCACCUGUGUAGUCAAUUCUCUUGUACAUGGCAUGCAGACAUAAUAUUCAUGCGGACAAUGUGUGACCUUGUUUUCUGUGUCAUAUCAUGUUCAUGCAACCAGCACUUACUGCUCCCAUCACACCCUGUCUCCACACACACAUACUGUUUAACUCCUCCAGUCCUGCAGUGAAAAUAUAUUGGUGUUCUCAUGUGUAGUGUACCUGCCCCCCCCUCGGAAUUCUUACUGUUGUUUCUGGAUGCAGGAGAAGACACCAGCUGGCCACCUUAUUAAGAGCCUGUUGGUCUUUGGCAGUUGAGUGAACCUGCCUUAUUAACUGACAGCGAGAUGAACAUUGGACGAUUUUGUGCCUAGAUACAACUUCCUCUUGAUUUUAAACUUUUACCCUCCAGUUUACACAUGCAUAUGUGUUUCUCAAACAGUUGUUACAGAAAUAGCCCAGUUAGUUAAAACACCUUGUAUCUCUCAAGCCCAAACACUACUCUUUGAUGGUUUUCUGGCUUGAAUUACAUAAGUCAAUUUAACCAACAGGUUGCUCUUAAGAAGGUGACUACAAGGUGUGUAAUAAAGACAUUAAUCCCUUUCAGUUAUUUUGAAGGGGGUGCUACCUGAAGAAUAUACUAUUGUGUAUCAAGUGUUUUAUCUUUUUCAAUGUUUUUGUUCUUUUAUACAUCAUUUUUAUGUUUUUUUUUCUUUCUUUUUCAAGCAAAUAUUUGUAAGAAACAAAUCAUAAAUUUUAAUCUUAAAUCAUGCUGGAAAGCGCACCAUUUUGUUGUACUUAUUUAAGAAGUAAAUACAUUUUGAUCCUAUUUUGAAUCUGUGGUUUGGUGGAAUCCUAUUGUUUGUUAGGACCUUUUCAUAAUGUAUUUUUUUACUCUUAACAUUGCUUUCUGUCCAUGUUAACGCAUUACCAGUAUAAAUUAAUGAUCGAGCUGACAAACUUUAAAUAGAUGUAAAAACAAAAAAUAAAUGUAUAUUUAAUGGAGUAAAGUUUGCUAAACCUUCUGGAAGAGAAAUUGUGUAAACUAAUUGUAGAAACAAAAUGUUUUAUUCUUUGUUCCUAAAACUAUUUAAUAAGAUGUUAC